GGAAGAAAUAAGAAUAUGAAGCAUCCUGGGGAAUGAAGGCAAAUAUCCAUCCCUGUGCUAUACCUCUCCCAACUGAUCCUGUGGGCCAUUCACCCCCAUUCUUCUGCCAUGGACAAUUUCAACUUCUCCAACACACUGGCUUCUUGGGAAGAGAAUUCCACAGCCAGUAGGGCAGCCUCUGUUACUGGGAACCUAUCCUUAGUUGCCAGCCUUGGCUUGGAUGUCAGUGGUAUCGUCAUUCCUCUGGUUUACCUCAUUGUCUGUGUAGUAGGACUAGCUGGUAACUCCUUGGUUAUCUAUGUGGUUUUGUGCCAUUCAGUGAGUGAAUCCGUUACCAAUGUCUACAUCUUCAACUUGGCCUUGGCAGAUGAACUCUUCAUGCUUGGCCUACCCUUUUUGGCUGCCCAAAAUGCCUUGUCCUAUUGGCCCUUUGGUUCAUUCAUGUGCCGGAUAGUGAUGGCUGUCGAUGCCAUAAACCAGUUCACAAGUAUUUUCUGCCUGACUGUGAUGAGCGUUGACCGCUACCUGGCAGUGGUGCACCCUGGGAAAUCAUCAAAAUGGCGGACAGCACGUGUAGCCAAAGUGGUCAGUGCCACCGUGUGGGUGAUCUCUUCAGUGGUGGUGCUGCCUGUGGUGGUGUUUUCAGAAGUCCCUGCAGGCAUGAACACAUGCCACAUUAAGUGGCCCGAGCCUGCUUCAGUAUGGGAAGCUGGCUUCAUUGUCUACACAGCUACACUAGGAUUCUUUGGGCCAUUGCUAGUCAUCUGCAUGUGCUACCUGCUUAUUGUUGUCAAGGUUCGGUCAUCAGGCAGGAAGGUUCAGGCACUGACAGCCAAGCGCAAGCGCUCUGAACGCAGGAUCACCCGCAUGGUGGUAGCUGUGGUGGCCGUCUUUGUACUCUGCUGGCUGCCAUUCUAUGUGCUCAACAUUAUCAAUGUCAUCUGGACUUUGCCUGAGGAGCCAUCACUUUUUGGUAUCUACUUCCUUGUGGUGGUGCUGCCCUAUGCCAACAGCUGUGCCAAUCCCAUCAUCUAUGGUUUCCUCUCCUACCGCUUCAAGCAGGGUUUCCGUAGAGCCAUCCUGAGGCCCUCCCGUCGAGUACAGAGCCAAGACAUAGCAGCAGCAGCAACUACAAGAGAAAAGAUGGAAGAGGAGGAAGAAGAAGAGGAAGAGGAGGAGGAGAAAGAAACAAAGGCAGAAGCAAGUGAGGUCAGCAAGAUUGCCCAAAAUGGCAACGGCAAGCAGGAGAGUGUCCUGAUCAGUGGGUCUGGAGGAGGUAGCGAACAGAAACAACUCCCUGAGGAGCCUGUUAGCUGUGAGAAACCCAGCAUUGUGAACAUCAGCUACUUAUAGUGAUGAGGAAGUGACCUCUCUGACUUUCACCCUGAAAUUCCCUG